AUGCUCAUGCCCGGUGGGGUGAAGGCCCAUCAAAGCACCAAGCGGUGGCGCUUCGUGUUGGGGCAGACUUAUCAGCGUUCUAUCGCUGUGCCGAUUCUGUCGAUUUCAUCUUCCGCAAUUCCGGGGCUGUUUUACAAGACUGUGAUAUUCAUGCACGUCGUCCCAAUUCCGGCCAAAAGAACUGGAAUCGUUAUUCAGAAAUGCAGGAUUGGUGCCACUUCUGAUUUAAAACCUGUCCAAAGCAGUUUUCCGACGUACCUUGGCAGACCAUGGAAGGAAUAUUCUAGGACUGUUGUUAUGCAAUCGACAAUUUCUGAUGUGAUCAAUCCUGCUGGGUGGUACGAGUGGGAUGGAAAUUUUGCACUUGACACAUUGUUCUAUGCAGAGUACCAGAACACUGGAACUGGAGCCAGCACCUCAAAGAGGGUAACCUGGAAAGGUUACAGGGUGCUUACUAGUGCAAGUCAGGCUCAACCAUUCAGUCCUGGAAACUUCAUUGCUGGUGGUAGUUGGUUGAGCUCCACUGGCUUUCCAUUUUCUCUUGGUCUAUGA